AUGUUUAUGUGCGCUACUAUUAAAAAUAUAGAAAAGUACUGGUAUAAACAGGAAAACGGGCUAGCAAAAGGUCCUGAUGGAACAUCUACAUUACAAGAGAAGAGACACAGAGAGAGCAGGUAUCUGGCAUUUGGGAGACAGGCCCCUCCCCAUAAGGUGGAGAAUUCUCUACAGGAAGAGAGGUUAGAGGCCAUGCUGCCAAAAACAGGGUUGACUCCGCAUCUUGACUAUUGUGAAUUAAACUGCAAUAAACAGUUCCUUUUCGAGGGUGGCGGCCAUCGCGGACGGAGCGCCACGAAGGCUUCGGGCACACUGCGGGAGUACAAGGUGGUGGGCCGCUGCCUGUCCAAGAGCCCCGCGCCGCCGCUCUACCGCAUGCGCAUCUUCGCGCCCAACCACGUGGUGGCCAAGUCGCGCUUCUGGUACUUCGUGUUGGAGCUGAAGAAGAUGAAGAAGUCGUCGGGCGAGAUCGUGUACUGCGGGCAGGUCUUCGAGAAGUCGCCGCUGCGCGUGAAGAACUUCGGCAUCUGGCUGCGCUACGACUCACGCAGCGGCACGCACAACAUGUACCACGAGUACCGCGACCUCAUCAUGGCCAGCGCCGUCACGCAGUGCUACCGCGACAUGGGCGCCCGGCACCGCGCGCGCGCGCACUCGAUCCAGGUGAUGAAGGUGGAGGAGAUGGCGGCGGCGCGCUGCCCGCGGCCGGCUGUGAAGCAGUUCCACGACUCGCGCAUCCGCUUCCCGCUCCCGCACCGCGUGCUGCGGCGCCAGCACAAGCCGCGCUUCUACGCCAAGAGGCCCAACACCUUUUAGGCCUGCGCCCCAAUAAACGCCCGCAACCUGAAAAAAAAAAAAAAAA